GCGGAAGUGUGUUGGACUCGUGGUUGGAAACUAGAUGCGGAAGUCAAAAGUUGGCGGGAGACCUGUCUUCCUUUACGUCCGCAGCCCGUGUUUAAAGCCUGAUGUUCACAGUCGUCCUCUAUCAGUGUUGUUACUGAACCAGUCAGAGAACAAUGAGUGGACGCGGUAAAGGAGGCAAAGGACUCGGGAAAGGAGGCGCCAAGCGGCACCGUAAAGUCCUCCGUGAUAACAUCCAGGGAAUCACCAAGCCCGCUAUCCGCCGCCUGGCUCGCCGCGGUGGAGUCAAGCGUAUCUCGGGUCUUAUCUACGAGGAGACCCGCGGUGUGCUGAAGGUCUUCCUGGAGAACGUGAUCCGUGACGCCGUCACCUACACCGAGCACGCCAAGAGGAAGACGGUCACCGCCAUGGAUGUGGUGUACGCUCUCAAGAGGCAGGGCCGCACUCUCUACGGCUUCGGAGGCUAAAGCAGCGGCAGCUCAACCAGCAACCCAACGGCUCUUUUAAGAGCCACACACAUUUCUUUAAGACCAUUCCUUUUUAA